AUGCUCGCAAGACUGCUUCAUCAGAAUUAUCGAGAGAUUCCAGCAAAAUCUCGCAUUCAAAUUCUGGUUGAUGCUGAAACAUUCUUAGCACAUUCCGAUCUUCCACAGUUGUUCAUAUACAUCCUUGGGUAUCUAGCAGACGAAACCGACUUAGGAGUGUCUCUGAUUGGGAUGAAUGCGAUUCACCGACUUUUUGACUCAUUUCGAGGGGUGAAUAUACCAGAACUACAGUUGUAUUUUGCUGCAGCUGUAUCACAGUUUGAUAAGCUGUUGGACGAAAGUCAAUCUGACACGGAGUUGGCCGCCUUGUGGCUGAUUGACCCUACUAGGUUAUCAAAGCUUUAUCACCUGAGGUGUAUGACAAAUCUUCCAACAUGCGACCAACAAGCUCAGGCCGAGCGCUGGGUGAGAUUCCCAAACUCUCUCAAUGACGACAUUCAUAAGCAAGUAACAGCUGUAUGCCAUUACUUUUUUACUCACAACGUCACUCGAGAGGAGUCCUUGCUGGAAGCUCAUUUGAAAAGCCGCGGUAACCUCUGGUCCACGUCUGUGCAGUUGGCAGCUUGUUCUCAUGCUGAUCGUGUAAUAAAGUUGGCUACAAAACAGAUCGUCGCCACAAAGAAUGCUGCCAUAUUUGCUUCCAUGUUACAGGUAAUGUUUCAAAGAUUCAAAUAUGAAUCAAUCUUAGCAAACUGAGU